ACAAUUUUCCAAGAUGUCACACCGUGAAAGGGCUUUUCCGACACCUCCUCUCAGCUCACUUUGGUGUGUGUAGUGCUCUCAUUACGUGCGGAAUUGGCGUCCGUCUUUUGUGAAAUGUUCUGAUAACAUCAUGAGGAACAGUAUAAAGCGCAGGCGGCCCAGCGGCCUCACUACCCAAACUUUGCUAGACUUCGAUUUAGGCGAAUCGUCAUCGGAUUCCGAUUUCCGCAUCGAAGAUCAUGAUGAUGAAAGUGAUGAUUGCUCGCUAGGAUCAAAGGAUGACAAUGACGAUGGAGACGAUGAUGACGAUGAUGAUGACGAGGAUAAUGAUGACGACUAUAAUGAUGACGACGAUAAUGACGAUGACGAUGGUGAUGAGGACGAUCAGGAUCAUACCAAUCAACCGCUGCAACAUCUCAACUCUCAGAAUGGUGCGAACCGUAAACUAUCCGAGCAGGAAGCGAACGAAACUGGAAAUGAGGAGGAAGAAGAGGAUAAUACCAUCGUGGGUGCAAGCGGCAAGAUGAAGGUAUUAAGUGUUCCGAUCACGGUUACCAAAAUAACCAGUGAGAAGGAUGCUGCGAUCCAGAAGCUGCUCAUGAAAUCGAUCUGCUGUGCCUGCCUGGGAGAUCGAAGUGAUGAUCAGAAUGAGAUCGUCGAAUGUGAUGGUUGCGGGGUAACUGUGCACGAAGGUUGCUAUGGAGUGAGUGAGUGUACCAGUAUUAGCAGUACGAUCUCAUCCUGUUCCACCGAACCGUGGUUCUGUGAUGCGUGCAAGGCGGGAGUGGAAAACCCGGAUUGUGAACUCUGCCCGAACAAGGGUGGUAUUUUCAAGGAGACAGACGUCGGAAAAUGGGUUCAUCUGGUGUGUGCACUGUAUGUACCGGGUGUGGCGUUCGGUGAGGUAGAUCAACUAUCCUCGGUUACGUUGUUCGAAAUGCCGUACAACAAAUGGGGCGCCAAGACGUGCAGUCUGUGCGACGACGCUCGGCUAGCCCGUACUGGUGUUUGCAUUGGCUGCGAUGCGGGAAUGUGUAAGACCUACUUCCACGUUACUUGUGCCCAAUACUACGGAUUGCUAUCGGAGGCACACUCGGAAGAAGCAGACCAAGCCGAUCCAUUCUAUGCACACUGUAAGAUUCAUUCAGACAAAUCGCUGAUUAAACAUCGGAAGCGUAAUUACAACGCGAUUAAGAUGAAGGCAGUGCAUCGGCAAAUGGAGGAAGAGUCAAGAAAGACGCAGAAACCCACUCCGGAGCAGUUGCGAAUCGAACGAAAGCUCACCAAGCACCGUAGACGGUACGUGACCAACAAGGAAACCAAAAAUCCACCCUGGGUACCAACGCAGAAAAUGCCUCGCCUGCUGAUUACCAGUGCGACAGCGUGCAAGAAGAUGCUGUACAAAGCAGAACUUAUGGGGUUAGAUAUGGCUGCGAUAGAAUUCCAGGAGGCACAGAUCGCUUCGCUGAGCGAUGUGAGGAAGAAGUGGCACAUACCGCCAGCAUUUAGCGUCGAAUUCAUCGGCUACUAUCUGGAUCGUGCGAUCCGGUUAGUGGAUAUGAAGAAAAACCUGCAGGAGCAAAUUGUAAUGAACAAACAUUUGCUGGGAAAGCAGCAACAGUUACGCAUCAAGUAUGAUCGCAGUGUGACAAAGAAUCAAGAAGCACUGAAAGUGAACGAAGUGUUCAAAGAGGGCAUAUCGAAGAUUUACGAGCACAUUAACGCGCUCUGCCCGAAUAAACCGCUCAUACCGGUGGAUCAAGUCGGCAAACCGCCGGUCGUUGGUGUCCCACCGUACGCUAAGUCGCAUCAGAACGUGCUGAUCAAUACGUCUUUAAGUGUGACACCACCCGCCCGUACAAUGUCGGUACCCACGGCGGCAGCUUUAAAGAUGGGGGUCGGUUUUCCACUGCAGAAUCUCAUGGUAUCGGGCAAACGGGACGAUACUGGACGCAUAUUGAGCACGCAGUGCAAACAGAACAGUGAGGAACUACUAAAUGAGUGUGGUAUCUGCAAGCGUUGCAACGAUCAGCAUUUGCUUGCAAAGUGUGACACCUGCCAUCUACACUACCAUCUUGGCUGCUUAAAUCCACCGCUAACGCGGCACCCGAAAAAGUCUAAACUGUACGGCUGGCAAUGCUCCGAGUGUGACAAAUCGGACGAUUCCAACCCGGAGAGUAUCAUCAUACCGAAGAUGCCACGAAAAUCACGCACCCGGUACUCGAAGGAUGGUACGAUUGUGCCGUACGAUUUUUCCUACACUGAUCAACUACCACCAACCCAGACAGAUGGGGCAGGAAGCAGUGUCCGAAAAACGGUCAAAGGUAUUGCCACUGUGGAGCUUGUAUCAGCCGGUUCGAUUGAUAUUAAGCAAGAGCCCAUCCGACAACCGGUAGCUGAGAGUUCAAACGAGGUGGAUUCGCCAAUAAAGGUGCCCGGGAAACGUGGUCGAAAGAAAAAAUUGAUAGGUGAAUGCGAAUCGUCUGCUGAAUGCAACGAUGCCAAGAAAAAAGAUCUCAAACUCUCAAGGGCUAAAGAGGAGCAGAGUGACGAGCAAAGCUGUAAGUAUUCGUUACACGACUCUACACUUUCCGAACUCGACACGUCGGAUGAGCAACGUCAGCAUAAUAGCAAGGUGCAAAAGGUAGAAUCAACAACCGUACAGGGACCGUCACCGGGAUCGCAACACAAAACGGAACCUGCCGAUGAUGGCGUAACGUUAGCAAAUUCCACACUGUCCACAGUAGGUUCAUCGGAAGCGAUAGCAGCAGCUGGACCAGGAUCAGAAUCAUUAUCGUCCAUGAUGCUAGAAACAGGAUCUUCAUCGACAACGCAUCACAAACACAGCAAAAGGCGAAAGGAAAAGCAUCGUAACCGAUCGCCAAACACGGAGCGCAUUAUUUCCAAGGAUCACAAGCGGAAGCGAAAGCGCAAGAACCAUGCCUAUGAAACGGUUGACCAUACGAAUCUUGACUAUCCGAUGCCGGAGUACGGUGACAGCCGACCACGCAUCAAAAUUAAGAUCAAAUCCGUACUGGAUGGUUCCAACAGGCAUACAACACAAAUAUUCUACGUGCGCACCGAACGAUCGGAAGAAUCCUCCUCGACUGUACCACAGCUCAUAUCUGGUGCCGCUGAUAGUUCAUCCCAGGCGAACCAACUAAUGGUACAGAUGAACCAAAUGUUGCCUGUACCCCAACCGGUACAAUAUAACGGCACCGAGCAAAUCACUCAGGGACGAGCACGUAUCAAACGGGACGGUGGCAGCCGUUUGAAUGCGUCCUGCAUCACCAGCAUCGGUUCUUCGGUGGGUACCAGCGCAAAUGAUGAAUGCAUUUGUGAUGUUUGUCAUGGUGCGGGUACCUCACCUAACAUAGUGCAGUGUGAUGAAUGCCAAAAAAGUUAUCACUUCGGGUGCUUGGAACCUCCGCUGAAAAAGACACCCAAACGGCGAGGUUACUCAUGGCACUGUGCGGAUUGUGACCCAACGGACGUCGAAAGCUGAACAUCGUGUGGCAACAUCUUAUUGCUCUUUAUCAUUUAUUUUUGCGUAUAUUUCUAAUUUUUUUAUGGUCAGCAUCAUUCGUUUACAACUGUAAAGAACCAUUAGUUUGCUUGGCUUGGGCUGACCGUUGGUGUAGUGAAAAGGAACGUCCUAUCCGUGAAUACAGUCAAAGAAAGCCAGAAAUGGGAUGCCACACCUAAUAGCGGUAAGGUUGUAGAAUCACACAGAAAGUUCCACGGUGUUGGUAAGGUUAGAGAGGGGCUAUGACACAUUUUUUUAUACACCUCUGUGAAUAUACAUAGCGAUAAUGCCCUGCGAAUCUGAACCACUCCAGUGUAGCAAGCGAUGAGUCCUACAUUAGUGAAAAGAAAGUUUGGAUCUUAUUGACCUCAUUCGUCUCUUUAAGUGCGUCAUAGCGUCAUCAUUUACACACCUUAACCUACAUACAAUUGCAAUUGUAAUUUGGCGUGUUUCCAAGCAAAGUUCGUUAGCACACCCAGUCUGAGCUGAUAUCUUGACUGGACCGUCCCUAACGUAGAGCUCCGUCUAUACGAUUUGGGUUAUUAAUGUCACGUAUAUUCUUAAUACAGAUAGUCCCCAAAAUAAAGUAUUAUAGAGGAUCGCCUACAUCCCCAAAAAGCCGCGUAUCUCGAAUUUCCGCGUAUGAAUUGACGGUUACAUAAUCAACUUCCUUCUCUGCUUCCUUCAAAACGUCAUCAGUUAUAUAAAGCCAUAUAAGGAAAUUAUGGUUUUCUUUUUCGGAUUCUGGGUUGAGGUUGAUUGAGCACAAUGUUGAGACACGCAACCAUCACGUACAUUUUUCAAUUGAUUGUAAUACCUCAGCGUCGCGAUUUCACAUUCCGAACAAAGUGUUCGUUUGAUAAUAUCUACAUAUUUCAACGAAAAUAUGGCUUUUGUGUAAAACAUUUGUUUAUUAUAAUGUAAUUAUUAAAUGCAUCAAACAGUACAGUCGGUCAGGCACCCAUCACAGAUCAGUAGUAGAACCAAAUAAGGAGAUGAAGAAGCUGGAUGUAUGUAGUACUGUCGAAAUAAAUGUCUAUCAGUCGAAUUCACGUAA